GGAGCUGGGGAGCCCUCGCGGACGGACGCACAGCCUGGCUGGACGCUAUGGCCUCGUCAAGCCGAGCCGGCCCUGCGCCACUCGCACCGCCGACUCGGCAGGGGGAGGAGGUGGUGGAGGAGGUGGUGGAGGAGGUGGAGGAGGAGGUGGAGAGGGAGGAGGUGGAGGAGGAGGUGUAGGAGAGGGAGGAGGAGGAGCGGGAGAGAAGACCGAAGGGAACCAAUCGCGGCACGCAGUGAUGCGGUCGCACUCGAGGUCGAGCAGCUUCGGAGGCUUUGACUUCGUGACGCGGGCCAUGGCAGAGGACGAGCAGCCACUCGUCCACGUCACCCCCUCCCACCCCCCCGAUCGUGAGUCCCCCGCCAACGAGCACCCGUCCCCGGGGCUGAUCCGGCGCGUGAUGGCCUCCGUGCGUCGCAAGCUCCUCACCCCCUCGCCGCGGCACGACAAGGCCGCCUCCAGCGAGGCUGUGGGAGGCUUCUCUUCGUUCGGGCCUAGCGUGGGCUUCAGCCUGGGCCGCUCGCGCGACAGCCUGCAGUCCAGCGCAAGCAGCGGUAGCGCCUACAGCUGUGCCAGUGGACACACGGUGGACUCGUCGGUGGACACCCAGCGGACGAGGGAGGACGGGGAGGGGGGCUCCCUGGACCGGUGCCGCCACACGGAGCGUCCCUCGCGGCCCCCUCACCGCAUCCGCCUCGCCACGGUCCCGCACGUGCUCAAGCGCAUCGGCAUGGAGGAGCACACGGGCACGCUCAUGAGCAACGGCUUCGAGGAGCUGGACAUGCUGAAGCUGCUGGAUGCCGACGACCUCACCAAGAUGCGCAUCCUGGACCCCGAGCACCGAGCCUGCCUGCUCACCGCCGCCCAGCUGCUGCAGGAGUGCGAAGAUUCCUCUUACAACGACGUCGUCUCCAGAAAUGGCAGCGCGAGGCCGUCGCGCGACUCGUCGCCCGCCCCGCCCCUUCCCGCGCAAGCCCCGCCCCUUCCCGCGCAAGCCCCGCCCCUUCCCGCGCAAGCCCCGCCCCUUCCCGCGCAAGCCCCGCCCGCUCCCGCGCAGGCGGGGAGGCCCCCCGUGGCGCAGGCCACGCCCACGCGCUCGCGAGCGUCGCCGGUUCUCACCCUCGCCGCCCAGGCCGCGGCACCUCCCGGGCAGGCCGCGGCCUUUCCGGCCCAGCCUCCGCCCGCGGACGGCUGGGGCCCGCCCAGGGCCAGGCCCGUGCACGGAGCGUCGCUCCCGGACUUCCUGGAGGACGAGGCGCGGCACUGGGAGAAGCUCUCGCAGAGGAAGCAGCACCGGGAAGUGGCGACGUCUUGGGGGCUCGUCCGGGAGAGCGCCGGCAACCGCAGCUACCCCGACGGGUUGAGCCUCGCCGCUGGCACCGCCGGCACCGCCGGGUAUUACCCUCCUGCUCAUUCUUCCCCGGCUCUGGUGCCCGAACCAGCCGUGAAUUUCGCUGUCCAGCGGGAAGCGAGGCUUGUGGAGCUGAUCCCGAAGAAGCAGCAGCAGCAGCAGCAGCGGCAGCGGCGGCCGCUGUCGGGAAACCUCUCCGAAGAGGACGGAAGGAGGGAACAGCUCUGCCGGAGCCGCAGAGCCGGAUACGGGAUCCCGGGGAGCAGGGAGCCCGUUCGAAUUUCCGGAGGCUUUCCGGACUACCCCCCGGGCCAGAUCCCUUACCCCGGCGCCGAGGGACCCGGAGGAGCCCAGACCGCCGGGAAAGCCGCGGCGGCGGCCGGAGACCCCCCGGCAGUGCCGGAGGGCGGCGGACGGAGGGAGCAGCCUCCCCGAGGGGGCUGCUCGAUCCCGGGGAACGGGGAGCCGGCGAGAUUGACCGCGGGGCCACCCGACUACCCUCCCGGCCGCGUGCCGGACGCACGCGGGCCACCUCGGACCGCCGGCAAAACCGUCGCCGGGACGACGCCGGACGCCGACGCCGACGCCGCCGACGCCGACGGAAGGAGGCAACGUCUCCGGCCCCCCGCCGCAGAUCGCCGCGGUUACGGAAGGCCGCUCGGCGCCGCCUCCGCGGACGGGCACGGGGUGGCCCGGGCCGCCGCCGGCAGGCCCCCGGGAACGCCGGAGGGCGGGGGCUCGGGACGGGGGGGCCCACCGACGCCGGCCAGGAAGUUUGCCCGGGAAGGGAAGCCGUUGGAUGGCGGCGGAGGCAGUGGGGGCAGCGGGGGCGGCGGGGGCGGCUUUCCGGCGGAGAAGCGGAGGAUGGCGGCGGUCGUGGUGGGCGGAGUCCCCGCGGGGGGCGUCCCGGUGGGAUUCUCCAAAGAGUUCUCGCAGGAGCUCAGCCACAAGCUGCAGCAGUCGCUGCACCACAAGGCGGCGGCGGCGGCGGCGGCGGCGGCGGAGCCGGCGGUGACCACGCGGGUGGUGCCGCGCAUGGGAACCACGGUGCCGGUGUCGGAGAUUCUCGCGGACAAGCACAGGAGCCCGACGGCAGCGGCGAAAUAUUCGGAGGGUUGAAAUUUCAUUCUGAAGACUUGGGGACAUCCACUUCAACUGCUGUUGUGAGAGAUCCGUUGUGUGUGUUACGGUGUACGAGUGUGUGUGUGUGUUACGGUGUAUGAGUGUGUGUGUGUGUUACGG